AGUCGACGGAACCUUUUUCCCCGGUGUUUCCACGGAGUAGUGAUUGUGUGCUUCGCUAUGAAGUGUAUCGGGACUACUGUACAAUCAUCGGAACUGGACUAAUGUAUUACGAUUUACGAAUGAUGAAUACAAACGGAAUGUAAAUUUGUUGUACUCAAGCAAACUCCUAUACAAUUAUGGUAAGCUGAAAGUGUGAUACAGCACUCAAUAUGACAAUGGCGCUGUCAGCACAUGUGUGGAAUACUAGACCUGUGUGCCCCGUAACAUCGCAGUUAAACAGUUUAUUGAACGAGCUCGUCAAGACAAGAUUGGUCGGCACGAUGUAUUGAUCUACUGACGAGCAACGAAUGAGCUUUCAUCGGUCAUCAUUUUCAAGCUCAUCAAUUUACUUCAAGUUUGGUGAGUUGAGCUUUGACGAGAUCUCAGCCUGAAAGCAUGGCUGAUCCCACCGCUGCCACUACUGACAACAUGACUGCUCUAGAUGGCGACGUGUCGUACGUGUAUCCCGUGCCAUAUGUCGUCAUACUCUCGAUUGUUUUGGUAACGGAAAUGAUAGCCGGUAUCCUCAGCAACACGGCAGUUCUAUUCAGUUACCAUGUAAACAGGAAGUUUAUCCGCUCUGUCAGUGAUGUCUUCAUAAUCAACAUGAAUAUUGUUGACAUCAUCAUCUGUGUAGUCUCCAUCCCAGCCACGCUGGUGGCAGUCCUGUCUUAUCCGGGGAUACCUCUCUUUUGCUUCUUCCACGAGGCAACCGUGUCAUUUGCCGGUGUCGCGUCCGCGGUCAACGUCGUCGUCAUAUCAAUCGAUCGUUACGAUAAGAUAUCUCACCCGCUCGUCAGGCGAUUCAACAUGAGGAACGUUCGCUGGAUCCUGCCGAUCACCUGGGUGUUGUCCCUCCUGGGAUUCUGUUCUCCGUUCAUCGGGAUCAACCUAAACAAGUUCAAAGAAGUACAGAACCUCUUUAAUGUAGAGCAACACUUGUGUUUCCACUGGUUCUUCAGAUCAAGAGACAACCAUUUCUAUGAGUUGUACUACAUUCCCAUAUUCUUUGUGGCGACUAUUGUAAUGAUCCGUGCAUACUAUGGAAUUAUAAGGAUAACACGUGUUAAGACCAUCCACACGGCCUUGGUGAAAGCCACCGUUACUGUUAAAUUGCAGGACAACAGACGGGUGAUAGCUGCAGCGAAUAACCUGAGAGAUCCAGAGAAACGGGUGUCUCGAACCACAACCAUAAUCAUUCUGACGUUUAUUAUAUGCUGGGGACCUCAUGCUCUCAUCAGUAUUGUCAUACUGGCCAGGGGAUAUGCAAAUAGUGGUGAUGUGGCCGUGGAAAUGGUAGAGAGGUGGUUGGUAGCCCUUGGUUACACCACCACGCUAAUGCAUCCUAUACUCUACGUAUUCAUGAGACGCAAUUUCAGGCGCGCUUUCUUCAACAGUUGGAUAGCGCGUUGUCUGGCCAGGCAGGGUGUGUUCAGGGCAAACACUCCUUCUCAAAGCCACGACCGUACGCCGAGGGUGGUGGGUCACAGACAGACAGAAAGAAGACAAUCACAGACGAGGAGAUUCAGUAGGCCGGUUAAUAAAGUCCAAGUCGAGUCGAAUGUGCCGCAGACUUCUGGCAUAAAAGUAACAGCUCGCACUCACGUUACCACAGACGAGGAACGUGUCGAGAAAAAGCCGAUGUUGAAAAGAGGGGAGGACGCUUUACUGCUCAGAGCAGAUGACGUGGAAAACAAUGAGCCAAUCAUAGACAUGUGUAAUGACGUCACGGGAACGCCUGCGACUGUAAAGGAGUCUGACGAUUCCGUUUUUGUUUUCAGGGAAGAAGACGUUAAACUAAGGCUAAGUGGUAUGAUUGCUGGUAAAACACAAAGUAACAAUAAUCUACCGAGUGUGGAUUAAUACCUGAACAUUGCUUGUUCUGAGUCAAGGUUUGCUGUUUAGAAUCGGGCUCCGUUUCGAUUUGUAUACACGCAUUUUCGGCGUGAGACAUUAUAUUUUUAUCAAUCUCUAAAAUACCCCAAAUCUAUUUACCGUAAAAAUUUACCCUUUGGAGCACUAUGUGCGUACUUCUGACGAUUUUAUAACUCUCAGUAAAAUAAUAAGUUUUUUUUUUUUGCAAACUGACUGGUUAUUGUGAUUAUUUCAAUUGCAUUACUCUUGCUCAUUAGCAAGGGGAGACUAUAUUAUGUAGCUGUAAAGGUCACUGCUUGUAGUUAAAUCACUAAAUCACGAGAGUAGUGGUAGACUUUAAACAAGGCGCGCAUUGCAUGCUUGGUGAUGUUGGUGAACUUUGCCACUUUGCGUUGAGUGUUACGUGCGCCUUGACUAAAGGUUACCGUACUGUAAAUACUACAAAUUCUUUAAUUUUAGGUGCCAAAAAUAGUGAAUGGCCUGACGUUUGACUAAGCAUAGAAAUACAUGACGAGGGUCGACACGUCAGGCCAGUUACUAAUUAGAUGGCAACAAUUUCCAACAGAUUAUUGUAUUUUCUCAAUUACAAUUUUAGUCUCUACUAAUAGGUGCCUUUAUGCGGCCGCAAAAACACGUCUGAUAUCUAAAGUUCAUUUUUAAUUAGGUGUAGGACGUUGCAGACACCCUUUGAUCAGACUGUCAUCUCAAGUUGCUAUGUCGUAUAACGAUUAAACAAAUUGUCAAGUUCAGUGGCAAACUUCAUUGUAUGCAAACUUCCCUAUAUAAUAGGGAGGUUUCGCAUGCGAACGGAUACGGUUAGUGAGAAGGAUAAGUCAUCAUUAUGACGUCAUACGCCACUCGCUAUAUCUGCUAUACGUCGUGCAGACGACACUGAUAUCCUGCUUGCUAUACGCAGGUUACGGAUAGCUAAACGUAUGUGUAUGCGUAUCCUUUCGCCUGCGAAACCUCCCUAUGCAGUGUCAUUCCUAACUUAAGGGUGUUUAUAUAGUUUUUCUUUCAGUGAAAGACAGAUCUAAGUAUUUUUUUAUAAUUAUAUUUAAGGAAUUUCGUAAGAUAAUAAUUUGUGGUUUGCCUGUCUUUUUGUGGAUUGGGUGUGGGUACGAGGUAAAUAGGAAGUUACCUAACAUGACGCCAGAUCAAGCUCUGUGCCUAAAUUCAUAGAGCUACUUAAGCACAUAAAGCAGCCAAGCACAACAAACUUAUGCUUACUAAAAUAAGGAUACCAGCUAAGACUACCGUCGUGUCACAUGUACAAUUUAUGAUCAGGUUCUUGCUAAUUUCGGCUAAGUAGAAGAUUUUUAAACAAAAUUGCCUGCUUAACACUGGACACUAUUGGUAAAUUUUAAAGA